GGCAACACUAUGCCUAGAAAACGGAUAAUACCUGUGGUUGAGCUUAAAGGAGUUAAAACCAUCGAGUACUGUGUUGCUAGAAAGGUUGGAAAGCGACGGGAAGCGUAGAAGAAAGAAAGUCCAGUUGCCUUUUGAAAAAAGUACCUUUAAGACAGCUGAACUUCCUCUUCCGGAUCACUCAUGGGAGGAGAGUGGUGUGCAGAGCGGUUUUUUUGCUCUUCUCAUGAUCGAAGCAGCAGCUGGAAGAUGACCAGGAUGGCAAUAAGAGCACUCUGGACAACUGUAAAUAACAAUCAGUGGUGAAAAGGGAAGAAAAUCAAGGCAGAAAUCAAAAUAUUUUCCAUUUCCUGCAGAAAACCAUACAAAUCUGCUCUUCCUCCAGCAGCUGACAAAAGAGAGAAAAUUGAGAAAGAAUAAGCAGAUUAUGGAGAACUCAAGGAUAAAUUGAAUGAGAGGUGAACGUAGAUUUUAUAUCAUUCAGCAAAAGAGGCAUAUAUGUGGAAGUCCGUGGGGAGGAAGGCAGACAGUAAUGCAGGCCUCUCUCUGUGAGGAAGAAGACGACUUAAAUGAAAGCACCACUAAACAAGACAUUGUCCAUAAUUUUGACCUCCUCAAGUAUAUCAGCUGUGAAAAAGCUCCAUAUAUUUGCCUAUUGUGGGAAAAGCACAGAUUGCAAAUCACAACUGAUUAUGUACUAGAGGGGCCAGAAAGGAGAAAAUCCAUACAAAUUACCUGAAUGUGGCAAAAACUAUGGUCACAACAGCUCCCUUGUGGUUCAUGGAAGUAUCACCACACAAGAGGGAAGUGCUCCCAAUGUAAAUGUUUUAGUGAGCAUGGCAACAUGGUGCUACAUUAGAUAACUCACAGGAGGGAAAAAACGUAUGACUGCAGAUUGUGAGAAAGUUACAUUAGAAAUUCUCAGGUCUUGAGACACUAAAGGAUACACACACAGGAAUAAAACCAUUUGGACAUCCUUUCUGUGGGAAAAGUUUCAGUGAGAAUUCCACCCUAGUGAAGCACCCAAGGACUCCCACAAAAGUGAAACCAUUUGAAUGUCAUGAUUGUGGGGAAAAAUUUAGUCACAAUUUUAGUCUGGUGGCACAUCAGUAGAUUGAAUCCAGGGAGAAACUGUAUGAGUAUCCAGAUUGUGGGAAAAACAACAUUAGAAAUUUCCAUCUGAAGAGACACCAGACAACUCUCACAGAAGAAAACCCCUUUGAAUGUCCUGAUUAUGGGAAAGUCACAAUUCCAGCCUGGUGAUACAUCAGAAGACUCACAUAGGAGAUAAAUGCUUUGAAUGUCCUGAUUGUUGGAAAACUUUCAGUUAUGAUUCCAAUUUGUGAAAUACUAGAGGAACCAUAAAGGAGAAAAACCCAUUCAAUGUCCUGACUCUGGGAGAAAUUUCAAUCGUACUUGAAAAUACAUCAGAGGAUUCACUCCAUGGAGAAACCUUAUAAGUGUGGAGAUUGUGGGAAAAGUUUCAUUAGAAAUUCCCACCUCCUGAGACACAAGACCACACACACAGAAGAGAAACUCUUUGAAUGUCCGGACUGUGGGAAAAGCUUUAGUGAGAGUUUCAGCCUACGGAAACACCAGAUGACUCACACAGGAGAGAAGCCCUUUGAAUGUCUUAUCUGUGGGAAAACCUUUAAUCAGAAUUCCAAUCUGGUGACACAUCAGAGGACUCACACAGGUGAGAAACCCUUUGAAUGUCCUGACUGUGGGAAACGUUUCAGUUGGAAUUCCCAUCUGGUGAGACACCAGGUUACUCACACAGGAGAGAAACCAUUUGAAUGUCAUAUCUGUGGGAAAAACUUUAGUGAUAAUUGUAACCUGGUGAGACACCAGAGGACUCAUAGAGGAGAGAAACCCUUUGAAUGUCCUAUUUGUGGGAAAACCUUUAAACAGAAUUACAUUCUGGUGAGACACCAGAGGACUCAUACAGGAGAGAAACCCUUUGAAUGUCCUAUUUGUGGGAAAACCUUUAAACAGAAUUCCCUUCUGGUGAGACACCAGAGGACUCACACAGCAGAGAAACCCUUUGAAUGUCCUAUCUGUGGGAAAAGCUUUAGUGAUAAUUCCAGUCUUGUGACACACCAGAGGACUCACACCGGAGAGAAACCCUUCAAAUGUCCUGAUUGUGGAAAAGGUUUUAGUCAGAGUUCCAGCCUACGGACACACCAGAGGACUCACACAGGAGAGAAACCCGUUAAAUGUCUUAUCUGUGGGAAAAGCUUUAGUCAGAAUUCCCAUCUGGUGACACACCAGAUUACUCACACAGGAGAGAAACCCUUCAAAUGUCCUGAUUGUGGAAAAGGUUUUAGUCUGAGUUUCAGCCUACGAACACACCAGAGGACUCACACAGGAGAGAAACCCUUUGAAUGUCCUAUCUGUGGGAAAACCUUUAAUCAGAAUGGCAAUCUGGUGACACAUCAGAGGACUCACACAGGAGAGAAGCCCUUUGAAUGUCCUAUCUGUGGGAAAAGCUUUAAUCAGAAUUCCCAUCUGGUGAUACACCAGAGGACUCACACAGGAGAGAAACCCUUUGAAUGUCCUAUCUGUGGGAAAAGCUUUAUUAAAAAUUUGGAUCUGGUGAGACACCAGAGGACUCACACAGGAGAGAAACCCUUCAAAUGUCCUGAUUGUGGAAAAGGUUUUAGUGAGAGUUUCAGCCUACGGACACACCAGAGGACUCACACAGGAGAGAAACCCGUUAAAUGUCUUAUCUGUGGGAAAAGCUUUAGUCAGAAUUCCCAUCUGGUGACACACCAGAUUACUCACACAGGAGAGAAGCCCUUUGAAUGUCCUAUCUGUGGGAAAACCUUUAAUCAGAAUGGCAAUCUGGUGAUACACCAGAGGACUCACACAGGAGAGAAACCCUUUGAAUGUCCUAUCUGUGGGAAAACCUUUAAUCAGAAUUCCAAUCUGGUGAUACACCAGAGGACUCACACCGGAGAGAAACCCUUCAAAUGUCCUGAUUGUGGAAAAGGUUUUAGUCACAGUUCCAGCCUACGGACACACCAGAGGACUCACACAGGAGAGAAACCCUUUGAAUGUCUUUCCUGUAGGAAAUGUUUCUGUGUUCAUUCCAACCUGGUGAGACACCAGAGGACUCACACAGGAGAGAAACUCAUUGAAUCUCCUAUCUGUGGGAAAAGCUUUAGUGAUAAUUCCAGUCUUGUGAAACACCAGAGGACUCACACCGGAGAGAAACCCUUCAAAUGUCCUGAUUGUGGAAAAGGUUUUAGUCACAGUUCCAGCGUAAGGAAACACCAGAGGACUCACACAGGAGAGAAACCCUUUGAAUGUACUAUCUGUGGGAAAAGCUUUAGUCAGAAUUCCAAUCUGGUGACACACCAGAGGACUCACACAGGAGAGAAACCCUUUGAAUGUCCUAUUUGUGGGAAAAGUUUUAGUCAGAAUUCCAAUCUGGUGGCACACCAGAGGACUCACACAGGUUAGAAACCCUUUGAAUGUCUUUCCUGUAGGAAAGGUUUCUGUGAUCAUUCCAGCCUGGUGAAACACCAGAGGACUCACAAAGGUGAGAAACCAUUUGAAUGUCAUAUCUGUGGGAAAAGCUUUAGUGAUAAUUCUAAUCUAGUGAGACACCAGGACUCACACAGGAGAGAAACCCUUCAAAUGUCCUGAUUGUGGGAAAGGUUUUAGUCUGAGUUCCAGCCUAU